GCUGUGUGAUGCCACGGCACUCUACCAAGGGCCAUAAAGUGAGACUCUGUCUCUACAAAAAAAAAAAGAUGUACCACCUGUCUUUGUAUAGGAUGCCCACAUGGAACCCAUGAGCCACAAUAGAAAUUUUCUGUGUACAGGCACUUCUCAUUCUUAGAGACCCCUAACUUAAGAAGGAAGAUUUUAAUUGUAUUGGUUUGAUUGGUAACAGCUUGGGAUGUAAAUAACUGCUGUCUUUUGAACCUGAUGAAUAAGAACAAAAAGUUGUUUGUAUAUGGCAGUAAACUCACUGUGUCUUUAUGUAAGCUUAGAUAGCAGUAAAUAGGGAGACAGAGUACAAAGAAUAUUUGCCUGAGGGUUUAAUAUAGCUCAUAAAAAGAAGCAGUCCAGGGCUGGGUACAGUGGCUUCCGCCUAUAAUCCUAGCACUUGAGAAGCCCUGGUGAGUGGAUUGCCUGAGCUCAUAGGUUCGAGACCAGCCUGAGCCAGAGUGAGACCUCAUCUCUGAAACUAGCCCAUCAUUGUGGCAGGUGCCUGUAGUCCCAGCUACUUGGGAGGCUGAGGCAAGAGAAUUGCUCGAGCCCAGGAGUUUGAGUUUGCUGUGAGCUGUGACACCAUGGCACUUUACCGAGGGCGACAAUGUGAGACUCUGUCUCAAAAGAAAAAAAAAGAAGAAAAAGAAGCCGUCUGCUUUCAUGUUCUCAAAAGGAUUUUUGCUAUUUACAAAUGCAUAUGUCCUGUCUCUAAACAGAAAUGGGUGGAUCUUUUCUCCUAUUAGUGAAAAGUAAUAGAAAGUAGGUGAAGCUGAAUAUCGUGUGUUUUUGAUAUGGGUAAGAGUGUUGAAAUCCAUCUCUGAACUUCUCUUGUCCCACCCCUAGCACAUAAACAAUUCCUUGGGUAUAUGGUUAAGUAGGCCACUCUGGUAGAAGAUUGUUUGGCUUUAUGAUGGCCAGCAUAGACUCCUGGCAAUGCAUUCAUGUUUUAAGGUGCCAAAGCUUUAAGUCAUCAGAGCAGGAAAAAAUUUUCCAUCUACCCUCCAUUAGGUUCCUCCUUUGAAUUACAGGGAUUACAACAUGGCCAGCUGCAUUGCCAUUCAAUGUGUAACACUUACAAGACCACCUCUGCAUAAGGCUAGCCUCCCAAGAGACAUAGGUCAGGAGUAGGACUGUCCCUUUGCCAGUUUCCUGAAAGAGGAGGACAUUGUAUCCAGGCAAGUCCUAGACCAAAUUUCAGAAAGGCACUUUGGUAUUGCAGAUUUGUCACCAUGCCCAGAACACAUGCACAGGUCAUAAGCUGACAGCUUUUCCCAUGCUUUAAGAGCAGUUAAGAAGAAUGAGAAGGUGACUCCUUUUUCUGCCUACCAUUUCCAGAUAUCAAAAUCCUCAACCUUUAAGCCUAAGAUCUCUAAAUCGAGGUUUUAGCAAAUGAGAACCAAGAUGAGAUUUUAGCACAUUUGUGUGGGAGGCAAAAGCUGAGGGGUACAAAUAGACAUUAAUGAAAGCAAGAAAGAACUUGACUACUACGUAGAUCUGUGGAAUUUACAAUAAGCAAACUCCAAGUCCACCUUGCAGAUUGGUGGCAUUUUCUAAGUAAUAAAAAAUUUGUCUCACUCAUUCACAGAGUAAGUCCCUUUGGCUCUGCUUCCUACUUUCCCUUUUGCUAUGGUUCUACAUCAAUGCUCACUAAACUACUUGAAACCCAGAGCCUGACCCAUUUCCUCUUCUCACCUUUGGGUAUUACCUAAUGGUAUCACAGAUAGACAUACAAACAUAAACACUGGUUAGGGAACAGAAAUGAUAUCUGGGUUAUUCUAAAUAGAUGGUACCUUUGUUUUUUUGUUUGUUUGUUUGUUUUGCAGUUUUGACCGGGGCUGGGCUUGAACCCACUACCCCCGGUAUAUGGGGUCAGCACCCUACUCCUUGAGCCACAGGCACUGCCCAGAUGGUACCUUUGUUAACACAAACACAAGUAACCCUCCACUGAGUGAAGAGAUGUUGCCUCCUGGGGAGUGGAUGUGUCACCGGUGCACUGUUCGCCGAAAGAAACGAGAGCAGAAAAAGGAGCUGGGUCAUGUCAAUGGACUGGUGGAUAAAUCUGGCAAACGGACUACAUCUCCCAGCAGUGACACUGACUUGCUGGACAGAUCAGCUAGCAAAACUGAACUCAAGGCUAUUGCCCAUGCCCGGAUCCUGGAAAGGAGAGCCAGCCGGCCUGGCACACCCACAUCCAAUGCCAGCACAGAGACCCCCACCUCUGAGCAGAAUGACGUUGAUGAGGACAUCAUUGACGUGGACGAGGAGCCAGUAGCAGCAGAGCCCGACUAUGUGCAGCCCCAGCUGAGGCGGCCCUUUGAGCUGCUGAUUGCUGCCGCCAUGGAGCGGAACCCUACCCAAUUUCAGUUGCCCAAUGAACUGACUUGUACCACUGCACUACCAGGUUCUAGCAAGAGGAGAAGAAAAGAAGAAACCACAGGGAAAAACGUAAAGAAGACUCAGCAUGAGUUAGAUCACAAUGGUCUCGUUCCCUUACCGGUCAAAGUCUGUUUCACGUGUAACAGGAGUUGCCGCGUGGCUCCUCUCAUCCAGUGUGACUAUUGCCCCCUCCUGUUUCACAUGGACUGCCUUGAGCCGCCACUCACUGCCAUGCCCCUGGGCAGAUGGAUGUGUCCGAAUCACAUCGAACAUGUGGUGCUGAACCAGAAGAAUAUGACGCUGAGCAAUCGGUGCCAGGUGUUUGAUCGUUUCCAGGACACCAUUUCGCAGCACGUUGUCAAAGUGGACUUCCUGAACCGAAUCCACAAGAAGCACCCUCCUAACCGCCGUGUGCUCCAGUCGGUCAAAAGAAGAAGCUUGAAGGUUCCUGAUGCUAUAAAAUCUCAGUACCAGUUUCCACCCCCACUCAUUGCACCUGCAGCCAUCCGGGAUGGGGAGCUGAUCUGCAAUGGGAUCCCUGAGGAAUCACAGACGCACCUUUUGAACUCUGAGCACUUAGCCACCCAGGCAGAGCAACAAGAGUGGCUCUGUAGUGUUGUUGCGCUCCAGUGCAGCAUAUUGAAACAUUUAUCUGCUAAGCAGAUGCCUUCGCGUUGGGACUCUGAGCAGGCAGAGAAGGCUGAUAUUAAGCCUGUUAUUGUGACUGACAGCUCAAUCACCACCUCCCUGCAAACAGCUGACAAGGCACCUAUACCUUCCCACUACCCCUUGUCCUGCCCCUCAGGAAUUAGCACCCAGAAUUCCCUGAGCUGUUCUCCACCCCACCAGCCCCCAGCCCUAGAGGACAUCGGCUGCAGUUCUUGUGUGGAAAAAUCCAAGAAAGCCCCUUGUGGGACUGCCAACGGGCCAGUGAACACAGAGGUGAAAGCCAAUGGCCCACACCUGUACAACAGCCCCACUGAUUCCACGGACCCCCGGCGACUUCCAGGCGCCAACAACUCCCUACCAGGCCUCUCACACCGGCAAGGCUGGCUCCGGCCCCUCACACCACCAGCAGCAGGGGGCCUUCAGAACCACACCGUCGGCAUCAUUGUGAAGACAGAAAAUCCCACUGGCCCCAGCUCUUGCCCCCAGAGGAGUUUGGUUCCUGUCCCAAGCCUGCCCCCUUCCAUUCCUAGCUCUUGUGCCAGCAUCGAGAACACCAGCACUUUGCAAAGAAAGACUGUCCAAUCACAGAUAGGACCUCCAUUGACAGAUUCAAGGCCACUGGGCUCACCCCCAAAUGCCACCCGGGUGCUCACUCCCCCCCAUGCAGCAGGAGACAGUAUCUUGGCCACAGGAGCCAAUCAACGAUUCUGCUCACCAGCGUCAUCAUCAGAUGGCAAGGUCAGCCCCGGCACGUUAUCCAUAGGAAGCGCUUUAACCGUACCCUCUUUCCCAGCCAACUCUACUGCCAUGGUGGACCUCACCAACUCACUUCGAGCAUUUAUGGAUGUCAAUGGAGAAAUCGAGAUUAAUAUGCUGGACGAGAAGCUGAUCAAGUUUCUGGCCUUGCAGAGAAUACAUCAGCUUUUCCCCUCCCGGGUCCAAGGUUCACCUGGCAGUGUCGGGACACAUCCGCUGGCGUCUGGAGGGCACCACACAGAAGUGCAAAGAAAGGAGGUACAAGCCCGAGCUGUGUUCUACCCCCUCUUAGGGUUGGGAGGAUCUGUGAACAUGUGCUAUCGAACCCUCUACAUUGGGACAGGAGCUGACAUGGAUGUGUGCCUUACAAACUAUGGUCACUGUAACUACGUGUCCGGGAAACACGCCUGCAUAUUCUACGAUGAGAAUACCAAACAUUAUGAGCUGUUAAACUACAGUGAGCACGGGACAACGGUGGACAAUGUGCUGUAUUCAUGUGACUUCUCUGAGAAGACCCCGCCAACCCCUCCAAGCAGUAUUGUUGCCAAAGUGCAGAGUGUCAUCAGGCGCCGCCGGCACCAGAAACAGGAUGAAGAGCCAAGUGAAGAGGCAGCCAUGAUGAGUUCCCAGGCCCAGGGGCCACAGCGGAGACCCUGCAACUGCAAAGCCAGCAGCUCGAGCUUGAUUGGGGGCAGUGGGGCCGGCUGGGAGGGCACGGCCUUACUGCACCAUGGCAGCUACAUCAAGCUGGGCUGCCUGCAGUUUGUCUUCAGCAUCACUGAGUUUGCGACCAAACAGCCCAAAGGCGAUGCCAGCCUGCUGCAGGAUGGGGUCUUGGCUGAAAAGCUCUCUCUCAAGCCCCACCAGGGCCCUGUGCUGCGCUCCAACUCUGUUCCCUAGGGCUGGGGGCUACCCUGCCACUGGCCUAUAUACCCACCCAAGACUCCUGCAAUGCAAAAAUGUACACAAACCAAGCCUGGGUGUUUUCUAUACCAGAAACCCUUCAACUACAAUCUUUGCAUGAAAUGAAGAAAACCUUUUGACUUUUUUAAAAAUCCUUUUUCUUUUCUCAAGUUCUAGGGGGCAUUUGCACAUAUAUUUGUACUCGACAUUUCAUGGGAAAGCGGCAGACCCGAGCUGAGGAACAGCGUGGGCAGGGAGGGGAAGACCGAGGUCUGGACUCUUCCUCCAACACAAACCCUUCCCCACCCACCUUCUGCUCCCUCCCCCUCGCCCGCCGUUGUAAAAUAAUCAGAAACUUGUUCUAUUUUGUGGCAGUGACAAUAGUUUUAUAUUAAAAGAAAAAAUACAGUUUUCAUACAGCAAAAUCUAUACAAUAUCAUUGUUUUAUUUAAUAUAAAGAUCGCUACCCACCCUCCUUCCAUGGCUCCCACCCUCCAAGUUAUUUUCCCUUUCUGCAGCGGUUGCACUACAGGUAGCUACUGUGUAUUAUGGACAAAUGAGAAAUGAAUUCUUUUUCUGGCUGUCCAUCUAUUUUAUUUCAAAUAAGGAAAAGUGUACUUGGAUUUUGUGUAAAUACAUCUAGUGAUGACAUUUUUUCAAUGUUUUUAAAGACCGUGUACAGUACUACAUGUGGUAGAGCGUUUUCUCAAAUUGUCUAUUGUAGCAAAAAUGUUUUUGUCGUAAACCUGUUUUCGUCUCCUUUUUUUGUUCUCUUGCCACUUCUCUUUCUCCUGCCCCUGGUUCCCUCCUCUCUUCCCACCCCCACAACUAGUACCAAUGUACAUAGUAAUUGUAAUGUUUUAGACUUUACAGAAGCUUUCCUGUAUUCUGUAUAUAAAAAAAAAACAAAAAUACUUCAAA